CAUCCCUGCCCUGGCUGCAGCGCCGAGCCGCCAAUGCAGGGAGCCCAGGAGGAGCGGGAAGGUACGAGGUGAGGUGCUAGCGCCUGGUUUCUCCUCAACUCUGACCAGUUCCAUGGGAGUUUCGGGAACCUGAACUAGGAGCGGAGCUUUGCUUGGGGCUGGGGUGGGGAUGCCGCUGCCUGCCAAGCGGUAAGGGACAGAUCCUGCCGGGGAGAUUGCGAGCGGCUCAUCUGCCCAUCCCAAAACAGCGGCGAACAACAACAGAUACCGUGUGGUGAACUGGCCCCAUCUGCUCCGGAGAAAGCCCCCUGGAGGGGACUCCAGCAGCGCCUCCCCUCACAUGACACGGAGGGAAGGUUGAGUCAUCUAGAGGUUAAUGAGAAGAUUCACACGAGCUUAGCCGAGGCUGCGCUACAGGAAAAAAGAUGAAUGCCAGUAGCCCAGCACGCAUAAUGAGCAACCCUCCAAUAAUAAACCAGUGUGCCCGAGGAGGAGUGGAGGAAAAAAAAGUUUGGCCUAAACGGCAACAACAGAACAACUUUUCCCUGUUUCCUUCCACGAAAGGCUGGAAUUUCAGAGGGAAGAAACGGAAACAGAGUACCCAAGAUGAAGAUGCGAUCAGUAUCUGCAGCCUUGAUGCAAGCGAGCCUAGUAACAAACGGGUCAAGCCUCUUUCUAGAGUUACAUCACUAGCAAGCCUCAUUCCUCCUGUGCGGGCAACCCCGUUAAAGCGGUUCAGUCAAACACUUCAGCGUUCUAUUAGUUUCCGUAGUGACAGUCGCCCUGAUCUGUUCACCCCACGACCAUGGUCUCGAAAUGUACCCCCUGCUAGCACAAAACGAAGGGACAGCAAGCUGUGGAGUGAGACCUUUGAUGUUUGUGUCAAUCAGAUGCUUACAUCCAAAGAAAUCAAGCGUCAAGAGGCUAUCUUUGAACUUUCCCAGGGAGAAGAAGAUUUGAUAGAAGACUUGAAGUUAGCAAAAAAGGCUUAUCAUGAUCCUAUGCUUAAACUCUCCAUAAUGACAGAGCAAGAAUUAAACCAGAUUUUUGGAACACUGGAUUCUCUAAUCCCGCUACAUGAAGAUCUUCUUAAGCGGCUUCAGGAGGUCAGGAAACCUGAUGGAUCUACUGAGCAUGUUGGUCAUAUCCUUGUGGCCUGGUUGCCUUGCCUAAACUCAUAUGAUAGCUACUGCAGUAAUCAAGUAGCAGCCAAAGCCUUAUUGGACCACAAGAAACAGGAUCACAGGGUGCAAGACUUCCUACAGCGCUGCUUAGAGUCUCCUUUCAGCCGCAAACUGGACCUCUGGAAUUUCCUUGACAUCCCAAGAAGUCGCCUAGUGAAAUACCCACUGCUGCUCAGAGAAAUUUUGAGGCAUACUCCAAAUGAUCAUCCAGAUCAACAGCACCUGGAAGAAGCGAUAAAUAUAAUUCAGGGUAUAGUUGCAGAAAUCAACAUUAAGACGGGUGAAUCUGAGUGCCAAUAUUACAAAGAGAGGCUCAUUUAUCUUGAAGAAGGCCAAAAGGACGCCCUGAUUGAUAACUCACGUGUGGUAUGUUGUCACGGUGAACUAAAGAACAACAGGGGAGCGAAACUGCAUGUCUUCUUGUUCCAAGAAGUGCUGGUGAUUACCCGAGCUAUUACCCAUAAUGAACAACUCUGCUACCAACUAUACCGGCAGCCCAUCCCAGUAAAGGAUCUUGUUCUGGAAGAUUUGCAAGAUGGAGAGGUGCGACUGGGUGGAUCUAUACGUGGUGCAUUUAGCAACAAUGAGAGAAUUAAAAACUUCUUUAGAAUCAGCUUCAAAAGUGGAUCACAAAGCCAGUCCCACUCACUGCAAGCCAAUGAUUCCUUCAACAAACAACAGUGGCUUAACUGUAUCCGGCAGGCCAAAGAAACAGUUGUGUGUGACGGAGAGGCUGGAACACUGGAUUCAGAAGGACAUUUCCUAAUAUCGCCAAAUGGGAGUAGGGUACCACAGGGAGAAAGCAGGCUUGAGCAAAUGGACCAAUCAGACAAUGAGUCAGACUGUAGUAUGGACACUAGUGAAGUCAGCAUUGAUUGUGAGCGCAUGGAACAGAUAAACUCUUGUGAGAAUGACAAACCAAUAGAAACCAACAUUUGACUGAAACUUACAGUUCAUGGAAGUAAACCUAUGUCUUACCUGUACAGUAUUUGCAUUCCAUAAAUGGAGCAGUUUGGAAAAGCACUUUUAACACUUUUUUGUGACAAUGUCAACACAAUCUUUCUUGUACUUGUAUCUUUGAGUGUAGUACUGUAACUGCCAAUCUAUGUAAGCUGGAAUCUGUUACAAGUCCUAUCCUGUGAUAUUUCCAUAAACAUCUGGGUGGAUGAAAGUG